AUGUCAGAUACAGAGAAUAGUGUUAGUACAAGUACAGGUACAAGAACAAGUACAGACACCAAUAAUGUACCUCCUGUGACAGGAAGAGGAAGAGGAAGACCAAGAGGUAGUGGGAGAGCGAGGGGAAGGGCAAGAGGUAGAGGUACAGGUAGAGGAAGAGGAAGACCAAGAGCAACUAGAAAGAUGUCAGAUGAUGAAGACUCUGAUAUUUCUGAAGAGGACAAGUAUUCAUCUCACCAAGACAAUAAUGAUGAUGAGAGUGAAUCAUCAAACUCCUCCUCAUCAGCUGACAACGAUGAUGACGACGAUACCACCAAGUCUGGCAGCGACACUGACGAUGAAAUAUCUGGGUUAGCGUCAACAUCAGAUGAUGAUGAAGUAGAUCUAUCAGAUGACGACGACGAUGAUGACGAUGACGACAUUACCGAUGAAAUAGAUGAUAGCAGUUCAACACUAUCGUCGACCACUACAACAACAACAACACCACCUCUGAUCAUCAGAGGUGAUGGUGGCAAAGGAUCAGAACAAGUAGACUCGACAACUGGUAGUAGUGGUGAUGGUAGUAGUACGGGAGACCAAUCAAAUCAAAGUGGUCCACGUACAAGAAGAAUGCGAUUGUUUAGAUGUGCAUCUACUAAAAAGGUGUGUUCUAAAAGACCGAUUGAUGGAUACAUGUAUUGUGGCAAACACAUUCUCGAAGACACAAAUGCACCCUAUUCUCAAUGUGACUUUAUCUCCAAGUCACACAAGAGAUGUAUUGCUGCCAUUCUCUCGAGUGAACCAUCGCCACGAUACUGUCGUCCACAUCAUCAAAUUGUCGACUUGAUGAAUCAAAAGAAACGAACCAUACAAGAUUCUUCCAAAGCUACCAAUCCUCAUAUCAAACGUAUUAAAACAACUCUUGCUAAACAUGGUAUAAUGAGAGGUUCAUAUUAUGAUUUAUGGAAAAAACAACAACAAAAGAAACCAAAUCAAAAUAUAUCACAAGAUCAUCAAACCAACAUUGAACAACAAAUGACAAUAGAACAAUCAAUGAAACAAGAAAAUGAUCAACAACAAGAUUUAUUGGCGAUGACGACAACGACAACAACAAAUCAACCACCAACAAUAGAUCAACCUACAACAAUAUCUACAAUAGAUCAUCUUGGAUUGGUUGAUGAUCAAGAAAUAGUAGAUGGAUAUUAUCAAUUAAUGGAUGGGGAUAGAGAAGGAUUAUUCUAUCCAUCUUCCAAUCUAAUAAGUGAUACUAUAAAUAAUCAAGAGAUUUAUGAUAGUUUUAAUGAAGAAUAUUAUCUAUCAUCAAUCUCUACAUUGGCAGAAGAAGAAUGGAUUCAACGUAGAAGACUAUUUAAAGAAAGAAUGAGAAUGUUAAGAAGACAUUAUAUUCUAUCAACUAAUAAUAAUAAUAAUAAUAAUAAUAAUACUCAAUCAAUGGAAAUUGAUAAUAAUAAUAAUGUAAAUAACAACUCAAAUAAUCAUUGUUUCCAUAAAGAAUGUAUAAUACCUCAUUUACCAUUAUCAAAGUUUUGUUAUGCUCAUAUAUUAGAAGAUAGUAAUCAAAAAUUAUUUGUUGGAUGUAAUUAUAGAAUUGGAGGAGGACGUGAUAAAUGUAAUUAUCCAAUUUUAAAAUCACAAAUACCAAGUUUAUGUACCAAUCACUUGGAUAUUAUCAAACAACCCGAUAGUAUCUAUGUUACAACAGGAAAGAAAAAACGAUUAAAAGAGUAUCUCACCAAACAACACCCAAUCUUAAUUGAACAAUUUCAUCAGAAAUCAAAACUCCAACAACAACAGCAGACUAUUGACCAAAGUCAGUGA